AUGUGCAUGUAGGAAGAAAUGACUCUUGCUUCAGAGGUGGUGCCAUCCAGAGCAUGGAUGCUGCAUGUUUAGUUAAUUUGGGAAAGCUUGCUUCACUUCUACUGUUCUCCCCCACCCUUAGCCGCCUGCUGUUUCCCGUGGAGAUCAUGAAACGGCGUCGGCUUGCUAGCAGCAGUGAGGAUUCUGACGACAAUGGCAGUUUGUCUACAUGGUCCCAGCAUUCAAGAUCUCGACAUCGGAUGACUUCGUGUUCCAGACAUGAAGAUCGAAAACCCUCUGAGGUGUUCAGAACGGACCUGAUCACUGCCAUGAAGUUACAUGACUCCUUCCAGCUGAACCCUGAUGAAUACUAUGUGCUGGCAGACCCCUGGAGGCAGGAGUGGGAAAAGGGAGUUCAGGUGCCAGUUAGCCCAGGGACCAUCCCAGAACCAGUAGCCAGGAUUGUGUCCGAGACAAAAGCUAUCACGUUUACACGUCCCAGGAAGUACAUUGUUUCGUCAGGUUUGGAGCCUCCAGAGCUGGGCUAUGUCGACAUUCGAACCUUAGCAGACAGCGUGUGUCGCUACGAUCUCAAUGAUGUGGAUGUGGCAUGGUUGCAGCUUGCCAAUGAGGAGUUUAAAGAAAUGGGGAUGCCAGAGCUGGAUGAGUACACUAUGGAAAGGGUCAUAGAGGAGUUUGAACAGCGAUGCUACGAUAACAUGAAUCACGCUAUCGAGACGGAGGAAGGUCUUGGGAUUGAAUACGAUGAAGAUGUUGUCUGUGACGUCUGUCAGUCUCCAGACGGAGAAGAUGGCAACGAGAUGGUGUUUUGUGACAAAUGCAAUAUCUGUGUGCACCAGGCGUGUUACGGGAUCCUGAAGGUGCCGGAAGGCAGCUGGCUGUGCAGGACCUGCGCGCUUGGCGUUCAGCCCAAGUGUUUGCUGUGUCCCAAGAAGGGUGGUGCCAUGAAGCCGACCCGGAGUGGGACCAAGUGGGUCCAUGUUAGCUGUGCUCUGUGGAUUCCCGAGGUGAGCAUUGGCAGCCCAGAAAAAAUGGAACCUAUUACGAAGGUUUCUCACAUUCCCAGCAGCAGAUGGGCAUUAGUGUGCAGCCUUUGUAAUGAAAAAGUUGGGGCUUCAAUACAGUGUUCAGUGAAGAACUGCAGAACAGCCUUCCAUGUCACCUGUGCGUUUGACCGUGGCUUAGAGAUGAAGACCAUACUGGCAGAGAAUGAUGAGGUCAAGUUUAAGUCAUACUGUCCCAAGCACAGCUCCACCAAGAAAGCGAAUGAUGAGUCCCUCAGUGAAAGCCCAGGCCAGCAGAAUGGGAACGGGCUUCAGGGCAGCUCUCUUCCUGCCCAUGUCGACCCCUUCCACAGCAUCGAUCAAAACCAAGAGGAGGCCCACAGAGUCAGCGUCCGCAAGCAAAAGCUCCAGCAGCUGGAGGAUGAGUUCUACACGUUUGUUGAGGCUUCAGAAGUGGCUAAAGCCCUGCGGCUGCCUGAGGAGCCUGUGGGAUUCCUUUACCAGUAUUGGAAGCUGAAGAGAAAAGCCAGUUUCAAUAAGCCCUUGAUUACCCCAAAGAAGGAUGAAGAGGACAACCUGGCCAAGCGAGAGCAGGAUGUUCUGUUCAGACGAUUGCAGCUCUUCACACACCUCCGGCAGGAUCUGGAGCGGGUACGUAAUCUCACUUACAUGGUGACUCGAAGGGAAAAAAUCAAGAGAUCUGCUUGCAAAGUUCAAGAACAGAUAUUUAAUCUCUACGCAAAGCAGUUGGAACAAGAACGAGUUUCAGGUGUGCCUUCUUCAUUCUCCUCAACAACGGAAAACAUGGUGUUGUUCAACAGUCCGUCUUUGGGUCCUGAUGCCCCUAAGAUAGAGGACUUGAAAUGGCAUUCUGCAUUCUUCAGGAAACAAAUGGGCACAUCUCUAACGCACUCUUUGAAAAAAUCACACAAGAGCGACAGAGUAAGAAAUAGCUCUGGGAAUGACAGCAAAUCCAUGCUGAGGCAGCCCAGCCAAAGGGAAGAUGGUGCAACUCCAGGAGGCUUUAUAAAUUUUGACAAGAGCUUUUCGGAAGCACGGGUUGCAUCAGCACAGCAGAAAAAUGGCAUAGUUAUACCAGACCACAGGAAAAGGAGAGACAAUCGGCCCCAGUGUGAGGUGAUCAAGGCAGAACUGAAGGAGAAGACUUCUAAACACAACCACAAACCGCUGAGGCCCACAGAACUCUCUCAGAGGCAAUCAGAAAAUAAGAGGGCUGUGAACCACUCCAGUGGUAGGACAGCACCUGGCACAAGGAGGGAUAUAGUGCCUAAAUGCAAUGGAGGUCUUGUCAAAAUAAACUCUAAUCAGACGGUAGUUAAAGUGCCUACGACGCCCACGAGCCCGGUGAAAAACUGGGGCGGAUUCCGAAUUCCAAAGAAGGGGGAGCGACAGCAGCAGGGCGAGAGCCCCGAGGAGACCUGCCGCCAGAACUCCAGCUACCCCUACCUGGGCGUGGGCAGGGUUUCACCGAAGGACAGGGCGAAAAGCAAGCUCAAGCCCGACAGCGAGAAUGAUGGGUACGUCCCUGACGCCGAAAUGAGUGAUUCGGAAACCGAAGUGGCUGAAAAAAAGUGCAGACAGCAGAGGCUCAGUCCCAACAGCACGAUCAACAGGAGGACGGACAUUAUUAGGAGAAGCAUCCUGGCAUCCUGACCCGCCAGAGGGAUGUAGUGUCAGCACCGUGGUCGGUAGAGUCACUGCCUACAAGCCAACUCCACAUUAUUUAUUGGUGUGAGAGGGGAGAUUUCUUAGAUGUGGCUAUAGACUGACAAAUUGAACCUGUUAUUCCUGAGCUGUAUAAACAUGUUUACAUGCACUUAAAACAAAAGUUUUUUUUGCCCACCCCCCAACCUAUUCUGUGAGAAAUUUGAACCUUUAUCUGCAAUUUUCCUGAGGAAGCAGAGAAAUGACAUCACUAUUACAAUAGGAUUUGUGAUGAACACUAAAAUAACUCUCUAAACUUUAGAAGGGGCUAGGGUGGGUAGGGGAAGGUAGGCUGCAUUCAUCCCUGUUUAGCUAAACAGUACUGAUAAGAUACUUUUUGUUUCCUUCCUUCCCCUUCCUUCCAAAAAAGCACAAGCUGUUAAUUUAACUAGAGUGUACUAAAUCAAAGGUGGUUAUUUAACCGUACUGCACUGCUAAACCCCCUUACAAAUGGUCACUUUCCUUGGAUGGUGGUAGGUCUUUGUCCUCUGUCUGUAGAAUGUUUUUUGUUGCAUUCAAUUUGAGCGUAUGGUAGCUCAAAACCCUCCAUAAACUCCAGAGUUUACAUGUAAAUACAUCUAAGAGAUGGCCAGAUAUAAACAUGAUUUUAUACUGGAGAAAGGAAGCGACAGGUCAGGGCAGCAGCUGCCUUAGUGCAGCAGUUUGAAAAGACUCAGACUGAGCGUGGAGAGAAUUCCUGAACGGCUUAGUUUUGAGCAGACAGCAGGCUUAUGGGUUACUGCACCCUGUGGAUUUAUUUAGUCACCUGCCUCCUGGAAUACAAUGACAAUUCAAAAAAAAAAAAUAUUCUAAGGCACUAGUCAGUAGGAUUUCCCAAAGCCCACCACAUAUGCACUAAUUGUAUGUAUUGGGAAAGCCAGGCUUAUGACACUAAAGGAUUACUUUAAAAUGGACAUAAAUAUAUAUUUUUAAAGAGAAUAAAAUGGAAAGGCAAUAAAUUGUGAUUAGCUCUUUACAUUCAAAUGAAGAAAAAUUAUUCUAUUCUGGACUAGAUUUGAUGGAAAAGGGAGCUCACAUUCUGAUUACAUACUUUUUUGAAUAAUUGCAAAUGGCAAUAACUAGUAAGCUAUCAGCAAUAAUAUUAACAGUUCAUUAGGAUACUGUUUGUUUUGUACUGAGUAGAGUGCACACAUAACAGUGGAUUGUUAGGAGCCUCUAAGUGUUGGAAUUCUGCAUAGAUUUAAGUCAGGUAUGUACGAGUUAAAAGACAGUUUAAGCAGCAAUGUACUACAGAAAUACAGGCAUAAAAAGAGCCCCCUCCCUUUUCUACUCCUAGCCUACUGUUAUCGUAUUCAGUUAUUUUUUAAUGUUAUACCCUUGCUUCUUGAGCAGGGAAAAAUUUUAAAAUACAGUAGAACUCUGCCAUAACCAAGUCUUCCAGAGGUUUCAAUCAAAAAAAAAAAAAAAAAAAAAAAGGCUUACUAACACCCUGUCUUGCUAUGCAAGUUAUCACUUAAAUGAAUAUUCUGACAGAAAGUGGCCCUGUCAUGUUUUAAAACUUGGAAGUCUUAACCUUUUGAUACCUUUUAGGAUGAUGAUGAAGAAGGGAAAUUUCAUUUAACACAGUGUACUUUUAAAAUACCAUUGCUGCUCCCAAGAAAUUAGGUUAACCUCAUGAUUUGGCCAGAUUAAAGUCUAACAGGGCACUGGUGAAUCUGAAAUUACGUAGUCAUUCUUGGGAUAAGUUAAAAUAAGAGUACUUACUUGAUCAGAAAGCAACAAGACAGGCAAAAGGUAAAUGCAAGUAGUUCUAUCCAACAUAUAGCAACAUUUUCUAGGUAAGAAUUGUUAGUUUCUGAAGAAGCUUGUGACACAUAGGGAAUUGUUUGUCAAGCCAUAGAUGGAAUAAUCUAAAUUUUGAUUCUAAGUAAACAUUUAACCUCACACCAGUUUGAAAGAGGUACCUGAUUAAUUUGCACUAUUACGAAUGUUAGCAUUGUGCAGAAUUAAUGCCUUAUCUGUUUUGCUCCCCAUCGUUUAGGUUAAUAAGCUUUUUAACGUUUCAAGUUAUGCUGAACCAAAAACAAAAAAAGCGCUUUUCCCCCCAUCCCCUAAUUACUAAAAGCUGUAAGAUGGCUGCAGUAUGACCAGCUCUGUAGGUUAGUUUUGUAUCCCAUGCUUAGUGUUCAGCAGAAGAGGUGUCGUAAGUACAGCAGUGACAAUAAAAAUCCACCCCAUGUAUUUUAUUGAGAUAGAACCAUUUGCUGAAUUUUUAUUUUUUUUUAAGCGUUACCUUUUCUUGUGCAGACUGACCAAGAAAUCUUUGAUUAUGAUUGGUGUAUUAUGUCAAACUGUAGGCUAGUUAAAACUUUUGUAAAGUUGCCUGGAAUGUCAUUUGUUAGGUUAUAAGCUCACACAAAUCUAAAUGAAGGGUUAUAUGUGUUGUGUACAAAUCUUAAUUUCAGAAAUUUGAAAAAAAUGUCAUUACAUUUGUAAAACCUUGUACAGAAGAUUUUUCACUAUGUGCCUAGCUUUGGUGUCCAUUCAGCUAAAAUUAAUUAAAAAGGUGCAUGAAGAGAAGCAGAUAGAAAUAAAAAGUAUAUGUAGAGAUGACUAUUUUAUAUUACAUGGCCCAAUCCUGUAUUUAUUUGCCCCCUUUUUUGAAGUAUUUAUAAAGACCUAGUUGAAGACAGCUGUAUUUUUUGUUAAAAUAUUCAGUAGAAUUGUGCCUUUUUGUCUGUAUGUGAAUAAAUGCUGUACAUUUUUGCAAUAGGCUUGUAGCCAUGUUUUAGAAUCUACACUGAUUAUUCUGAGUUUUUGCAUGAACACUUACUGCAGUGAUUUGAACUACUUUCAUAGUUAAAAUAAGCAUUUAAUUUGGAUCACUACAGCUAUUAAAAAUAUGUA